AAAUCUCAGUACUUUUAUAACGCCAAAAAUCUUUUAAAGUUUUAACACAAUAAAUAUACCCUAAAUGUGAAAAUUUGAAGAACAUUAGCGAUCUUCUUCUACUCAGUGAUUGCCAGGGUUUUUCUCUUCUUCUGCUCAGUGAUUGCUAGGGUUUUUCUUGUGAAGAAUAGAGACAGACAAUGUCAUCAAUGAGUGGUUCCUCUCCGCUUUCUCUUUCUAAAUCGGCCACUACUACUUGUGCCACUCUUCUUCAACAAUUGCAGGAAAUAUGGGAUGAGAUUGGGGAGAGUGACAGCGAGAGGGACAAAAAGCUUCUUCAGGUUGAGCAGGAAUGCCUUGACAUUUACCGUAGAAAUGUAGAGAAAGAGAGAAAAUACAGAGCUGAAUUGCAUCAGUCAUUAGCUGAGGCUGAGGCAGGAAUUUCCAAACUUGUUUCUGCCCUUGGAGAACAAGCUUCUUUGCCAUUGUCUGAAAAGAUGAAAGGCACCCUUAAGCAGAAAUUGUCUGUCGUUGAUCCUGUGUUAAAGGACAUUAGGACAAAGAAACAAGAAAGGAUUAAGGAAUUCUUGAACAUAGAAACGCAGAUAGCGGUGAUUUGUGCAGAAAUAGCAGGAAAUGACAGAGUUAUUGGUCCCACAGAUAUUCAAGUAGAUGAACAAGACCUGACAGCUAAGAGAUUGGGAGAACUGAAGUCACAUCUUCAGGAACUUCAGUCUGAAAAGAAACUCCGUUUGCAACGAGUGAAUAGCUAUAUGAGUGAAAUUCAUGAGCUUUCAGUUGUUAUGUCACUUGAUUUCAAGCAGAUAAUAGCUAAUAUCAAUCCAAGCUUAGCGAAUCAUAUGACUGUACAAUCAAAGAGCAUAAGCAAUGAAACACUUGCUAGCUUGACCAGUGAAGUCAUCUCACUAAAGCAAUUGAAACAGCAACGGCUAGAAAGGCUUCAAGAUCUUGGCAGCUCCCUAAUAGAACUUUGGAACCUCAUGGACAUGCCAAUGGAGGAACAACUGAAGUUUAACCAUAUUACUUCCUUAGUUUCUUCCUCUAUUGAUGAGGUAUCUAAACAAGGAUCUCUUGCCAUUCACAUUGUUGAGCAGGUUGAAGUGGAAGUUGAGCGUUUAAAUGUUCUAAAGACCAGUAAGCUGAAGGAAUUGAUAUUUAAGAGACAAAAUGAGCUCGAGGAAAUCUAUAGGAGUGUUCAUAUGGAUGUAGAUAGUGAGACUGCACGCCAGAUUUUAAUCCAGCUUAUGGAGUCUGGCAGUGAUCUCUCUUAUCUUCUUUCAAGCAUGGAUGAUCAGGUGGUGAAAGCCAAAGAGCAAGCUGCUAGCAGGAAAGAAGUUUUGGAUAAAGUGGAGAAAUGGAAGCAUGCAUCUCAAGAGGAAAGCUGGCUUGAUGAGUAUGAAAAGGAUGAGAAUCGUUUUAGUGCCGGGAAAGGUGUCCACAUCAACCUGAAACGUGCAGAGAAAGCGCGGAUUUUGGUCAGCAAACUACCAUCUCUUGUUGAAAACUUGACUGCCAAGGUAAAGGCCUGGGAGAAGGAGAAAGGAAUGCCAUUUUUGUAUCACAAAGACCCUCUGUUGCAUACUUUGGAAGAGUACAUCAUCUCGCGGCAGGAAAAACAAGAAGAGAAGCGUAGAUCUCGGGAACAAAAACGGCUCCAAGAUCAAUUUGCUGCAGAACAAGAAACAAUCUAUGGUUCAAAGUCUGUCAAGAAACCUCUGGGUAAUGCUAACACAAUACUUGGUACUCCAAAUAGUCGUCGUGUAUCUACACCUUCAGGUCGUUAUGGUGCGUCCAUAGGGAAGGAAAAGAGAGGGAGCGGUAAUGUUGGUGCUGUAAUACCUGUAAACUACGUAGCUGUUGCAAAAGAUGAUCAGAAAUCUGGAGGAUUAUAGACUGAAAUUGUGACUUGUAGAAAGAUCAUACAUUCUGCUGAUUUUGCACAAACUAAGCCAUUCGUCCUGUGUGGUAGUAUAGCAUAUAUUAGAAUAAAAGGCCACGCAUAUUCAUUAUUCUUUUCCCAUUUACAGAGGUUUUAGAAGUUCUGCUAUGAACUGGGGCCUGAAAUGCGUAUAUCUUGUUCAUUUUCUUUGCAGAAUUUUCUUAUCAGAUGUCUGGUAAUUUGGCCUUA